CCGCAGCCGCCGCGGCCGCUGCCCGCCCGCACUUCGCCCUCCCUCGCCCCGAUUACCAUAUUCAUCAGCGGCGGGACCCGCCGGCUGCGCGCGCGUGUCCGCCCGCCCGUGCGCGCGUGUCCGUGCGUGUGCGGGGCGCGUGCGGUGGGUGCAUGUGCGUGUCCCUCGCCCGUCCUCGCUGUCCGCCGCCUAAACACAAAAAAGAGGGGCUCACUUCAUCGCCUUCGCACGGAGGUCCCAGGAUUCUUGAGCUGAGCCCAGCUGACAAGCUUUUGAAGAUGGCACAAUAACAGUCCAGUGAUGCCUGACCAUGACAGCACAGCCCUCUUAAGCAGGCAAACCAAGAGAAGAAGAGUUGACAUUGGAGUGAAAAGGACGGUAGGGACAGCAUCUGCAUUUUUUGCAAAGGCAAGAGCAACGUUCUUUAGUGCCAUGAAUCCCCAAGGUUCAGAGCAGGAUGUUGAGUAUUCAGUGGUGCAGCAUGCAGAUGGGGAAAAGUCAAAUGUACUCCGCAAGCUGCUGAAGAGGGCGAACUCGUAUGAAGAUGCCAUGAUGCCUUUUCCAGGAGCAACCAUAAUUUCCCAGCUGUUGAAAAAUAACAUGAACAAAAAUGGUGGCACAGAGCCCAGUUUCCAAGCCAGCGGUCUCUCUAGUACAGGCUCAGAAGUACAUCAGGAGGAUGUAUGCAGCAACUCUUCAAGAGACAGCCCCCAGGAGUGUCUUUCCCCUUUUGGCAGGCCGACUAUGAGCCAGUUUGAUGUAGAUCGGUUAUGUGACGAGCACCUGAGAGCUAAACGCGCCCGGGUUGAGAAUAUAAUUCGGGGUAUGAGCCAUUCCCCCAGCGUGGCAUUAAGGGGCAAUGAAAAUGAAAGAGAAAUAGCUCCGCAGUCUGUGAGUCCCCGAGAAAGUUACAGAGAAAACAAACGCAAGCAAAAGCUGCCACAGCAGCAGCAGCAGAGUUUCCAGCAGCUGGUUUCGGCGAGGAAAGAGCAGAAGCGAGAGGAACGCAGACAGCUGAAGCAGCAGCUGGAGGACAUGCAGAAGCAGCUGCGCCAGCUGCAGGAGAAGUUCUACCAGAUCUACGACAGCACCGACUCUGAAAAUGAUGAAGAUGGCAACCUGUCUGAAGACAGCAUGCGCUCCGAAACCAUGGACGCGAGAGCCGGCGACUCUGUCAGCAGGUCGGACAACGAGAUGUGUGAGCUGGACCCGGGGCAGUUCAUCGACAGGGCACGGGCCCUCAUCCGCGAGCAGGAGAUUGCGGAGAACAAGCCCAAAAGAGAAGGUCCCAAGGAGAAGGAGCAAGGGCCAAACGCCUUCCACCCUGAAGGCAAGCACUUGGCCGAGACGCUGAAGCAGGAGCUCAACACCGCCAUGUCACAAGUUGUGGACACAGUGGUCAAGGUGUUCUCAUCCAAGCCUUCCCGCCAGCUUCCUCAGGUCUUCCCACCUCUCCAGAUACCACAGGCAAGGUUCGCUGUCAAUGGAGAGAACCACAACUUCCACACGGCCAACCAGCGCCUGCAGUGCUUUGGGGACGUCAUCAUUCCCAACCCCCUCGACACCUUCGGCAGUGUCCCCAUGCCCAGCGCCACUGACCAGACCGAGGCGCUACCCCUCGUCGUCCGUAAGAACUCCUCUGACCAAUCUGCCUCGGCCCCGCCGGCCGGUGGCCACCACGGCUCCCUGCACCAGUCCCCGCUCUCAGCCACUGCUGGCUUCUCCACGUCCUCAUUCCGCCACCCCUUCCCGCUCCCUCUCAUGGCCUACCCUUUCCAGAGCCCGCUGGGCGCCCCAUCAGCCUCCUUCCCAGGGAAAGACCGUGCCUCCCCCGAAUCCCUCGACCUAACCCGCGAGACCACCAGCCUGAGGACCAAGAUGUCGUCGCACCAUAUGAACCACCACCCUUGCUCUCCAGCCCACCCCCCCAGUGCCGCCGAGGGCCUCUCCUUGUCCCUCAUAAAGUCUGAGUGCGGCGACCUGCAAGACAUGUCCGAAAUCUCUCCCUAUUCGGGAAGUGCAAUGCAGGAAGGCUUGUCACCGAAUCACUUGAAAAAGGCCAAGCUGAUGUUCUUUUACACCCGGUACCCAAGUUCCAAUAUGCUGAAAACCUACUUCUCAGAUGUAAAGUUCAACAGAUGCAUUACCUCUCAGCUCAUCAAGUGGUUUAGCAAUUUCCGUGAGUUUUACUACAUUCAGAUGGAGAAGUAUGCACGGCAAGCCAUCAACGACGGGGUCACAAGCACUGAGGAGCUGUCUAUAACCAGAGACUGUGAGCUGUACAGGGCCCUGAACAUGCACUACAAUAAAGCAAAUGAUUUUGAGCAGGUUCCAGAGAGAUUCCUGGAAGUGGCUCAGAUCACGUUACGAGAGUUUUUCAAUGCCAUUAUCGCAGGCAAAGAUGUUGAUCCUUCCUGGAAGAAGGCCAUAUACAAGGUCAUCUGUAAGCUGGACAGUGAGGUCCCCGAGAUUUUCAAAUCCCCAAACUGCCUACAAGAGCUUCUUCAUGAGUAGAGAGUUCAGCAGCUAUUUAUGAAUGUAUGAAAAGUAGCAGUCCCCUUCUGAUGCCCAAGUCACGUGUCUCUAUUUUAAUUUCAUAUAUAUGUGUAUCACAUACAUAUAUAUGAAUAUGAAAUUAGACUAUGAUUCCUCCUGGAUUUAAGUUUUCGGUUGGUUCCAAGGGGAUGGUUGUUUUACUUCAGCCUUCAGUUUACUUUUGCCCGAGACCCUUAACGUUUGGAGAACCAACGGGGUUAAUUUUCAGGGAGAAGAGUUUGGAAGCUUGUAAAAGCCUGUCUUAGCAAAGUUAGGGCAUUAUGUUUAAAAAUGCUUUGUCAGAUUUAUUGCUUGCUGCAAAGUGGCAUUUUGUCUUGGUGAGACUAAUGUCAUGGCACAAUACUACAGACAAUGAAGUUUAUAUUAUGUUUAUACUGCUAAAGGUCUGAACUCUGUGGAGUCACCUCAUAAGCUUCGAGCUUUGUCUUAUUUUAUAUUCUUUUUAACCAAUAAUUAGAUUGUUUCAUACUACCAAAAACAAAUAAAAUUAAGACAACAGCUGGUUUAGGUACUCACUCCAAGAAGUGAUACCCCCCCCCCCCCCCCCCCAAAAAAAAAAAGCAAACCCUGUUCUUUAUAUUUUUCUUUACAGAAAAGAUAAAUGCCCUGCACCAGUAAUCAGUGUGCCCAAUGGUUGGUUCCCUAAAUUGCAGCAAGGGAUGUUUGCACAAAUUAAGUACCAUUUUUUGCAGGGUGAGGCCAGUAAUUCAUGCACGAUAUUGUAUCAAUCACACUAAUUCUGGAACACGGUCAGCUUAUUAAAGCGGAAGCAUUUCACUCUCCAUAGAGUAAAAAUGAAACCUUCAGCAUCCUAUCUUGCCAUGUCUUGGUCUUACUUUAAGUGGUAUUAGUCCCUGAAAUGAUUCUUUUCUUAGCCCGUUCUGCCCCUAAAAAUCUCCUUUCCAGUAUACAAAAGUUUUCUGUUUGUUUUCUGUUUGACAUCUGUCCUGAAAAAGCACUUUUUGACUGACCUUAGCUGUAGUAGAAGAAAGCGUCCACCUCACAGUGUUGAGGCAAAGUUUAACAAGAAAAUGAAAAAAAAAAAAAAAGAAAUAGAAAGAAAGGAAGAAAAAGACUUGUUUGUAGCUGUAAAAUAUAAUUAGUCUUUUCUUAAUCAGAGAAGAAUAAAAAAUAAAAAUAAAAACCAUUUUCAUAAAGAUCUAAUCAAGCCAAUACAGUGUCCUCCUGGCUAUACAGGGUUCAGAUAGCCAAAUUGGAUCUUGAAAAUUUACAGUAAGUGCAGCUUAGAAAAAAAAAAAAAAAAGAAGAAAAUAAAGAACAACAAACCCAAAAACCAAACCUGUUUGAGCAAUGUGCUGCACUUGGCUUCUAAAGCUGGAGCUUGUCUUGACCAAAAUCUGAGCUACAGUGUGAAGUCCACGAUGAGGCUGGGUUAACCUGAAUGCUAUAUAUACCACAACAUGCCAGCAGACAGAAAGAAAGCUAGCUGCUAGUUCUCAUGCUUUCUUCAGUGGCUAUCUUUUUCUCAUGUUUUCAGAAAGGUAUUGUCUCCACAAGUUUGGGGGAAGGUUGAAUAUGCUAUGGCACUCUGUAUUUGUCAUUUUCUCUGUCGUCUCUUGUGCAGAUGCAGUAAGAAUUUAUUGUUAUCAUCAAUAGUAUUUUCCCCUACAUAAUUCAAUCUGAAUAGAGGAAGGUCCUAAUUAGCUGUGAAUUAUAUUUAGACCGUUGAGGAUAUUGAUAUCUUAUUUCUUUAUUUUAAAAUUACAUUUUGACUUUGGAGAGUGAAAGUUUACCCAUGUGACUAAAGAGCUGACCUGAUCAUUGCAAUUUCACUUCAUUUACAAAUACUGCUGAUAGACAGAAAUGUAUGAAAGCAAUUAUUGUUAGCAGAAAGCCUUAAAAACCUGCUGACUUCAAAUUAAACAGCACAAUCCUGUGAUUCCCUGUCGUUCUUUUCAAGCAUUGGCAGUAUCUGUGGAGUAUAGGCAAUGCAGACAAUAGCAUGGGAUGAAGUGCCAACAUUUUCACUAUGCAUUAAAAGCAAAACAAAUCUUGAUCUUAGACUCCAUGAGAGUACCUAAUACUGUAUGUAUUCUUACAGCAGGCAGGAUGUGUCCUCUUUUCUCUUUUCACUUUUCUCUUUUUAAUUUGCUUUUCUUUUUUCUUUUCCCUUCAUUUAUACUUUCUUUUUCUUUUAUUAACUUUUUUUUCCUCUCCUUUCUUUUACUUUAUUUUAUUCCCUUUUCUUCUUUCCUUUUUCUUUCUUUUCCCUUUUUCUUUCUUUUUUUGUGCAAGAUUUGGUAAACAUUACACUUCAUAAAGAUGUAACUCACACAAAUUCUGAAUAAGAAAGGAUGAAAAUUGCAUUCAUGCACUUUUUGAUUUCUGGGAAGAAGUGGCAUAAAAUGCUCAAGUUUCAAUACAAUAAGUUUAUCAUUGGCAUACCAUCAGAUACAAAAUCUAACACUGCAUUGUCACCUUGGACAUAAGAAAGCAAAGCCAUACUUUAGUCAUGCUAUGUGGACAUACUACUAGCUACCAUCUCAAUAUGUGAUUUUACCAUUGCUUUUAUUAUGUUGUUGUUGAUGUUUAUUAUUAUUAUUAAUAUUAUUAUUAAUUAUUAUUAUUUGGCUGCAAUGUGAUUCACAUAAUCUAAAUAAGUGAAAUUGUAUACUCAACACUUGAUGUUGUUGCAUUUAUUUAUUUAUUUAUAAGUAGCAUAAUCUCAAUAGCAAAAGAGGUGUAGGAAUUAAGAGUAGAAAAUUAAUCUUAAAAGCAAAAUAAAGCCCUCCUCGGUCUGAAAAAGGAAUAAAUGAUAAUUUGAUCUUUUCAGUUAUGUGAUUUUUUUUCCCCUGCAGUUUAUAGCCAUAUUGCCUUUGUGCCUCCCAAUACACUUAAAAUUAUAAAUCCAUGGCAUAGCUCCCACUAAAUUUGAAGUAGAAAGCAGUUGCUUACAAACGAUCUCAAUCGUAUUCCACUGAAAAUGGCUAAAAGGCAGGAGGCUACUUUUAUUGUGAUGAAAAGUUUACAUAGGGAAAAGAGUUGCAAAAAUCCACCCAGAAAACCCCUCGUUGCCAUUCAUUUACUGCUAAUUCAGAUUUAUUUCUGCAUAUAAACUUGAGGUUAUAGUCUGUGCCUAGACCUUAAAUGCACCAGCGGAAGGAUUAAAAAAAGAAAUCCUUCAAAAAUACCAUUUCCCCCUCCCCCCCCCCACGAGUCCAAUUGUUCUUGUGCCUUCUGUGGCUUACAAUUUUCAUCUUUUAAACUUUAUUUUUUUUCCCCAAGUACUACAGCUGCAAUAAACACCAAUUUUUUUUAAUUUAUUUUGAUUUCGAUUUUUAAAUU